AUGCGUACAAGCUGGGCGAUACGAAAACUGGAGAAUUUGACGCCAAUUCAUAUGCGUACGUCAUGUCCAGAAGGAAAAUGUUACGGGGUUUUAGCAGUUCGCCGGAUUAAUUUUUCACUUGGUCUUUUCCAUCUUCUUAUGGCGUUUUUGUUGACGGGAGCAUGUUCAACGAGAGAAAAGGCGUCAUUAUUGCAGAAUGGUUAUUGGAGUUUUAAGAUUAUUACAUGGGCAUUGAUUGUGAUGACGACAUUUUUCAUGAGUGAUACGUUUUUUAUUAUAUGGGGGAAUUAUGUAUCCCUUAUAGGAUCGAUUAUUUUUAUUCUUUUUGGGUUGUUUUUAUUGAUUGAUUUUGCUUAUUCAUGGGCGGAGAUUUGCUGUCAGAAAUAUGAAGCGACACAACGGAAUUUCUGGAAAAUAAAUCUUAUUGGAUCUACGUUUUUAAUGUAUUUCGCUACUGCCUUUCUUAUACUUGCUAUGUAUUUAUUUUUUGCGAGAUCUGGAUGUUCACUGAAUCAACUUAUUAUUUUUAUUAACAUUAUUUUCUUAUUUGUGAUUACCGUUAUAUCCAUUCAUCCGACCGUUCAAGAUUACAAUCCGCGGUCUGGACUUGCACAAUCUGCAAUGGUGUGUUUAUAUACAACGUAUCUUACGAUAUCUGCACUUUCCAAUGAACCCAAUGAUUCUACGGAUUCGGGUUCUCGUUGUAACCCUUUGGCUUUUCCCUCUGGCACAAAAACGAUCAAUACUGUUCUUGAUGCUAUAUUCACUUUUUUAGCAAUUGCUUAUAAUACAUCACGAGCUGCUGUUCAAGCAAAUUUUCUUUACUCAAAACAUGAUGAUUCAUAUUAUGAGCAAUUAGAGGAAUGCAGUUACGGUGACAACGCCGUACUUUCUCAACCUAUGUCCAAAACAGAAAUGAGACGAAAGAUUUUAAAAGCAUCAAUCGAAACAGGCUCUCUUCCUGCAUCUGCACUCGAUACUUCAGAUGAUGACUUACUUGACACUAUAUCUAAUGAUGAUAAUAGACAGGACGAUGUCCAGUAUAAUUAUUCCAUUUUUCAUUUAAUAUUUUUUCUUGCAACAUGUUAUACAACAUGUUUAUUAACUGGUUGGGGUACUUUAAAAACUUAUGGGGGUAAACACGGGGAGGAUGAAUCUUUUAUUGCUAUUGGGCAUAGUUAUUCUAUUGUAUGGUAUACAUCAUUAUUAUAUUGUAAAGAGAUAUUUAAUUUUUUAGGAUGA